AUGGAAAAAGGCACAGCUGAAACUCAGCUCAAGGAAACGGAGAGCGUUACCAGACAGUACGCCGUUCGACCUGUCCACUCGAAAGGCCAAGGCUUGGUGGCCAUGUCAAAGAUCCGUAAAGGGACUCGAAUCCUCGCUGAAGCACCGAUAUUAAAAGUUCCUCGUCAUGCAUCGGACCUUCAAGCUGUGAGCAGUAUCAUCGUGAAGCAACUGAGAACUCUGAGCAGAGAUCAACAAACUGCCUUUUUCGAACUACACAACGCCCACGGAAAGCGUCACGACCCACCUCUUGGCAUAAUGAAAACGAACGUGCCUCCUCUUGGUUCGGACUCUUACGAAGGUGGCCUUUUCCUGACCGCGUCUCGCAUAAAUCAUUCUUGCAGAAAUAAUGCGCAGAAUACUUGGAACGAGAAGAUCGGCUGUAUCACCAUUCACGCCGUCAAAGACAUUGAAGAAGGACAAGAAGUACCAAUCACGUACUUGGGUCAGGCAGCACCAUACGCAGAGCGUCAACGAUCUCUUCGAAACAAAUUCUUCUUCGACUGUAAAUGCGAGCUUUGCUCGUUGCCUCAAGUCAAAAGGGAGGAGAGUGAUGGGCGGCAACAGAUGAUCCAAGACAUCGAUGAAUCCAUUGGAAGUUCGGCGUUCGGUGGAGGGAUCGAGAUAGGACUGAAAUCGGUGCGUGUCUUGCUCGAACUACUCGACCAGGAAGGCAUCACAGAUACGAGCAUUCCUCGAGCAUACUAUGAUGCAUUCCAGAUUGCGAUCGCGCAUGGGGAUAAGGCAAGAGCCAAGGUCUUUGCAGAGAGGGCAUACGCUGCGAGGGUGAUCGCCGAAGGUGAUGACAGUCCCGAGACGACGAAGUUGAAGCGAUUGGUCAAACGGCCAACGGAGCACUUAUCAAUCGCUCUCGCUCCGUUGCUUCCCCAGCAACCCGGAAAGAUGGCGAGAGCUUUGAUCAGUGGCUGUGGAUGCAAAGCGAGUCAUCAUCGAAGCGCCAUCCCUACUAAGCGGCAACGUCAGAAGAUGCAAGACGGACUGGACACGCGGACAGCUAAAAGCCUUCGGUUCUAG